GGCCCACUCAGAUUGUGCCGCAGAGGAGGAGAGAGGAACUGGGGUGAGCAAGCAUUGUGGCUUUGUCUGUUUCCUGUUUCAGCAAGGUUUCUGUGCAAAAAGAAACACGGUACCAAGAAGAGAAUGCUAAGGGGGCCCAGAGCCAUGGAUUGAGAGCUUGCACUUUACUCAGCUGCUGUCUUGCCCCAUCUGAGACCAGAGCCAAGAUCUGCCCGGGACCUGGAAAAUUUUUCUGAGCUGCUUGGGUUGGAGCCUGGGACCCAAGCGUGAAAUGUUUGGUCAAUGAAGACGUGGCAGCCAGAAAGACCUUUCCCCUUUGCUGAGGAAGAGACAAAGGCCAGAGAAAAGCAGAAAUCAGCCAGAGACUGGACCCUGGAGUCCUGACUCUCAGUUUGACAUCAUCACCUCCUCACUUUUCAGCCCACAUACCCCAGCAGCUAUUCCAGGAACUGGAAGCCAAGCACAACAGGUGUUCAGGAGCUCAUCAUGAUCGGCCUGGACCCCAGGCCUUCCCCUGGCUUGGCCCGGUGGGCUGAGAGCUAUGAGGCCAAAUGUGAGCGCCGGCAGGAGACCCGUGAAAGCCGCCGCUGCCGCCCCAACAUGACCACUUGCCGCCAGGUAGGGAAGACGCUGAGGACCCAGCAGAGGGAGCAGCUGCAGAGAGCCCGACAACAGCAGUUCUUCAGGAGACGGAACCUGGAAGUGGAGGAGAAAGACAAAACACACAGCUCCCGGACUGGGGAGCAAGGUCUCUCCAGGAGGACAGGCCAGGCGACUGACCUCAAGAAGCCCUUGUCUUGGGCCAACAGGAUCUCUGCCCCCAGACAGCAGGUGUCAGGGACCAGCUCUGAGGUCCUUCCAAACCAGCAUCAUCCUCUCCCCAGCGUCUGGAGGGAUCUAGCAGAUCACCUCCCCUCCCAGGCUGGGGGCCUUCCACCACAGGAUAUUCCCAUCAAGAAGCCACCCAAACACCACCGUGGCACUCAGACAAAGGCCAAAGAAGCACAGCCAACAAUUAAGAAUGAUGCCAGUCAGCAAACCAAUUAUGGAGUUGCAGUUCUGGAUAAGGAAAUCAUCCAGCUCUCUGAGUACCUCAAAGAGGCCCUACAAAGGGAGCUGGUUCUAAAACAGAAAAUGGUGAUUCUCCAAGACCUAUUGUCUACCCUGGUUCGGGCCUCUGAUAGUUCUUGGAAGGGACAGCUUAAUGAAGACAAACUGAAGGGCAAACUGAGGUCCUUGGAAAACCAGCUGCAUACCUGUACCCAGAAUUAUUCCCCUUGGGGAAUGAAAAAGGUGCUAAUGGAGAUGGAAGACCAGAAAAACAGCUAUGAGCAGAAAGCCAAGGAAUCACUGCAGAAAGUGCUGGAGGAGAAAAUGAGCGCAGAGCAGCAACUGCAGAGCACACAGCGGUCCCUGGCUCUGGCUGAGCAGAAGUGUGAAGAGUGGAGGAGCCAGUACGAAGCUCUGAAGGAAGAUUGGAGGACCCUGGGGACCCAGCACAGAGAGCUGGAGAGCCAGUUCCAUGUGCUCCAGUCCAAACUGCAGGGGGCAGACAGUAGAGACCUUCAGAUGAACCAGGCCCUGCGACUCCUGGAGAACGAGCACCUGGAGCUGCAGGCCAAGAUUGAGUGUCUGCAGGGGGACAGAGACCUGUGCAGCUCGGACAGCCAGCUCCUACAAGAUCAACUAAAGAGGUCAGAGGAGGAGAAACUCGCCCUGGUGACCAAAGUACAGCAGUUGCAGAGUCUGCUGCAGAGCCAGUCCACACAGCUCCAAGAACAGGAGAAACUCUUAACAAAGAAAGAUCAGGCUUUGUCUGAGUGGAGUCCAAAGCCCUCCCAUAACGAAGUGGAGCCUGAGGGUACAGGGAAGGAGCAAGACUGGGAUUUCAGAGACCAGCUGCAAAAGACGACUUUGCAGCUCCAGACCAAGGAAAAGGAGUGCAGAGAACUGCAUUCAGAGUUAGACAACCUCAGUGACGAGUACCUCUCCUGCCUGCGUAAGCUCCAGCACUGUCGAGAAGAGCUGAACCAGAGCCAGAAGCUGCCUCCCAGAAGGCGGUGUGGUUGGUGGCUAUCACUGUUGAUGGCAAUAGCCGCUAUAGCACUGGCGGUGCUCCUGGCCAACAAGGACAGCCUGAUGAUCUGAAAAACUUGUGACAGCUUCCUCGGGUGAAAAUCAGAAGAAACUCAAUAAAAAACUCAGAAGGUCUGGUCACCUUCAAGUGUGGGUUUUCCCAAUGCAACUGAAAUUUCUGACUUUAUUUUUUUUAACCUACUGUAAAUAAAAUGAAUAAACGUUGCCUGACAGUCUC